GGUCAGUCAAUGAUUAUCGAAGAAACGGGAACGUACUACGUUUUCAACAUUGUCUUCUUUAACGGUGUAGAAUAUCGUUAUAAUGUGUUAGUGAACAAAAAUGAACAAAAAUGAAACAUUGUUUCUGUUCGUUAAAAUUAGGUGAUACAGGAGCAUACAGUCUGUAACAAUGACCCGUAACAAAAUAUUCUCGAUGGAAUUAUGAUUGACAUGGUAAUGACAUAUCAAUCAUGCUUACGAAAUCAUCCGACGAACAAAAAAUUCUGUCUUUCUUGUAACGAUCUUACGAUCUAUUGUACAGUGCAAACGACUUCAAAUAACGGAAACCUGUUCUAUUACCAAUAUCGAUAGUGCUCAAGUAUUAAACGUAUACACGUUGCAAUUUUCGACCAUUCAAAAAAAUGUUGUAAAAUCGAAGAAGACAGAAUGUACAAUCGCCUCGGAAAUUUUCUAAGGAACAUGAUAUUGAGAAAACAAUUGCGAUUCUUAAUUUGCACCUUACAAAUUUUGUAUAUAUUGGCGGAAAAUAAUUCAAUUGAAUUAGAAGAAUAUGAACCAACAAACAAUGCAAUCCGAUUUUCAUCGUCAGAUGAGUUAGAAUAUACAACAACGAUUUUUGAAACAAACGAUGUAGUUUGGAUGGAAACGGUGGAAUUCGAUCAAAACGAACACCUGUUGCAUGAUUACCCGAAUAGCAACGGUGCUAACAUAUCAAAUCUCGAUGCGCAGAUUCUUGACUUCGAUGAAUUUGAACGCUCUUUUAAUUCGAUAAACGAAUUAAAUGAUCGAAUCAUUUUGUUGAAUAAUACAGAAAAUGAACAAACGAUGUGCAAUUCGACAGUUCAACAAUUGAAAAUAUUAGUCCAUAUACAACAUACUCUUGUUCAGCAUAUGUUGUCAAUGAAGCAAAUAUGACUGGAUACAGCGAUGCAAGAAAUAUAACAACAUUAGAAGAUAUGCCAUCUGUACCUGCAUUUAACAUUACUAAUGUAAUACAUUCACAGUUUACAAUUGUAUGGGAAUCACCAACAUAUUUGCCAGGAAAUCUACAGGAAUUUGAAAUUGUCUUUAAUUUGGAAGAAUGCUUUGCAGUGCCAGAUUGGUGUCCAAAUUUGUCAAAAGAAGUGACAAAAUAUUUCAAUGGAUCUACAUUUUCUUUUGAGUAUACGGAAGCAGUAGCACAUACAUAUUAUAAAGUAAAAAUUAGAGCAAAGACAAAUGCAGGUUGGGGAAAUUACAGCGAAUAUUCAAUAUUUCAGACUCCAUCAAAAAUUUCAGACAUAGUAUCAAAUUUUUCAUUGUCACUUACUCAUGAUAAAAGUAAUCCAGAUAUUUUGGACACUAUUCUAACAUGGGGUUACCCAUGUUCACCAAAUGGAAAAAUCGAAUAUUUUAAUGUGUCUGUAUAUGGAAUUAGAGGUAAUCAUACACCUCAUGCUUUCUCAAAUAAAACAUAUGUUCUAAAUAAUACUACAAGAAAUGAUAUAUUUAUCAUCAACUUAAAAGAAUUACGAGCAGAAUAUAGUUACACUGUAGAAGUAUCUGCUAAAGUCAAAGAUGUUCAAGACUUAGGAACACCAGUAAGAAGUACUAUCAUUUAUCCAGCUGGUAUGCCAUUGCAGCCAGAUGAAGAAUAUAUAAAAUCUAUAACUUUAGACCCAUCUAAGGCACGAAGAUCUACAACAUCAGCCACACUUUUACUGCCAUUAUUCCCUGAUACAAAUGGUGACGUUAUUUACUAUUCCAUUAUGGUAUCGAAAGUUGAUUAUAAUAUUGCAUCGAAUGGUAGAUAUAAUUUUACAAAUUGUAAAUGGCCAAACAUAUCUUCUUGGGAGGAAGCCAUGCAAAAAGAUUUUACAAUACCAUAUCAAGCCACUAGAGUGAAUUGGAAUCCUUAUCCUGAUUCAGUAGCUGAUUAUGGUGAAGUAAAAGCUGUAAAAUAUACACUUGGCGAAGAUACAAAUUGUGAACACAUUUCUUCUAUUAAUAACAAACGAGUUUAUUGUAAUGGACCACUUAAACCAAAUACAUGGUAUCAUGUUAGAAUGAGAGCAUUUAGUCGUUGCUGUUAUGCUGAUUCUACUAUAUUUAUAGUAAAGACCAAUGCAGAAAUAAACAUCGGACUUGUUAGUGGAGUUGUUUUUGGUAUUUUAUUUUUAGGUAUUUUAACAACAAUGAUGCUAUUAAUACGCAAAUGUUCACCUCAAGUAAUAUGUCGAAGAUUUUUACAUUCUGACAUGUCCAGUUCACCAGUUCCCAUACCUUUCUCAAAGAAAAAGUUUAUAGCUCAUUGUCAACAACUUAUUGACAAUCCGGGAAAAUUAAGUAAUGAGUUUCAGUUGCUUCAAACUCUUAGCUUGGAUUUGCAAAUGCCAACAAAUAAUGCCUGCUUGCAAGCUAAUAAAAAGAAAAACAGAUACUCCGACAUUUUGCCAUAUGAUUUUUCAAGAGUAAAAUUAGAAGUAAUUGAUAAUGAUCCUAAUACCGACUAUAUCAAUGCAUCCUUCAUAAGAGGUUAUACGGGGGAAGAUGAAUAUAUAGCUUGUCAAGGUCCAAAGGAAGAAACAACAUUUGAUUUUUGGAGAAUGAUGGAACAGUAUAACAUUAACAUUAUUGUUAUGUUAACUCAGUUAGUUGAAAAGGGCAAGGAAAAAUGUUAUCAGUACUUUCCAACGAUUAGAGAAACUUUUAGAUAUGAAAAUAUGACUAUAAAAUGUAUAAGUGAAUUAGAUUAUAGAUCCUAUACACAAAGGACAUUAGUGUUACAAAAGGAAAACAAAAAACGACAUGUAAUACACUUACAUUUUAAAGAUUGGCCAGAUCAUGAUGUCCCAGAAGAUUUUGAUCCUAUGAUUCAUUUCUGCCAAGUUAUACGUCGUAAUCUUCUGGCUAAUAAAGGAUAUAUUGUCAUUCAUUGCAGCGCAGGAAUUGGUAGAACUGGCACCUUAAUAGCAGUAGAUAUACUUCUACAACAUUUACGAGAUAAUAGAAAGCUAGAUGUAUUUGGAACUGUAUACAGACUGCGGCAUCAUAGACUAAAUAUGGUACAAAAAGAAGUAAGAAACGCAAAAUAUUUUACACUUAUAUUAAAAUUGAUUAUAUACUAAUUAAAUGUAUUGUAAUUU